UCCACGUCCUAGAUCUCCGCAACUCCUUAAGAAAAAAAAAAUACGAAGGAGUUUUGUUCAACUUAUCAUGUAAUAAAUAAAUAUCAUUAACUUUUUUAAAAUUCAGUUCUUCUCAUAUUUCCACAAUCUUGCCUAGACCCUUUGGUUCAUUUUUGCGUCUUGUCCCCUCAAUUCUUAGUUUCAGUUAAGCUUUUAAAACACUUGUAUUGAUGGCCGUGGAUGUAUUUAGUACUAGUUCUAACUUCUAAUGGGGGUAUUGUUAUGAUGUCAAAGUUGAAGUUUUCGAUGCAUUUGGGAGUCUUAAAAAGGAUGAAUGUUUGAAAUUCAUGGCUUUUGGUUGCUUAACUAUUCUGGGAUUUGAUGUUACCGAGUGGGUUUUGUUGGAAAUUCAAUUGCAAGGUAGUUGGCAACAAGUAUCAUAUAGUAUUAGAUACGCAUAGGAAUACACUGUUUUGUUGAGAUUUUGUGAUUUGGAUCCUGCAGUUGGGAAUUGGGUCCUUCUUCCUUUUGUUUUUGUUAAGUAAAUGUUGAAACUUGGUGAAAGUAGUUCACAAAAAGUUAGAAGUUAUUAUUUCAACAGUCUUAUCGUUUGAUUGUCUUCUUCUGGUGUUAAUGUGUCAUAUUUUUGGUGAUUCCUUCAUCCUUCUAGAUAGGUGUUAGCCUAUGGUUUGCCAAAUGUUUCAUUUUUCGGCACCUUGUACGAAUUCUAGGGAUGACAGUAUCAGUCUCGUAGAUGUUAGCAUAUGAAGGAAAUUAGAAUUACUGCUCUCAGAUCUAAGUUGUAGUUGGUACAUGUGAUUUGAACUCACAGCACUUCAGAAUACACAUGAUGUCCGCUGAGGUUUUCAAUUGUCUUAAAACGUACCUUUUUGUUUCCCUUAAUUCGCUGGAAUAGACGGUUCUUUGUCAUUCUUGGUGAUUAGGGAGGGUUAACUAGAGAUUUAGAAGUCUACUCGGAGUGUCUUCGGAUUGCAAAGAGAGGAUAGAGAAGUAGAAUCUUUUCAGUUAGUCUUUUUGAAAUAUGAGGCAUUCUGCAGCUGUAUGGGAUUAUAGAGCAGCAAUUGAGCAUACCAAAGACUGGAACGGUAUGGACCAGGUCGUGCUCCGCAACCCACAAGGAGCUUCCGCGCGGGUUAGUCUGCAUGGAGGGCAAGUUUUUUCAUGGAGGAAUGAGCAAGGGGAAGAACUUCUAUUCACAAGCAGUAAGGGGAUCUUUAAGCCUCCAAAACAAGUGCGCGGAGGGAUCCCUAUAUGUUUCCCGCAGUUUGGAAACUGUGGAUCUCCAGAGCAGCAUGGUUUUGCUAGGAGCAAGAUUUGGACAGUUGAUGACAAUCCUCCUCCUUUGCAUCCCAAUGAUUCCCAUGGGAAAUCCUUCAUUGACCUACUGCUUAAACCAUCUGAAGAAGACCUGAAGUGCUGGCCUUAUAGUUUUGAGCUUCGUCUUAGGGUGUCACUUGCAGCAAAUGGAGACUUGGCGCUGACAUCAAGAGUUCGGAACAUCGACGGAAAACCAUUUAGUUUCUCAUUUACAUAUCACACAUAUUUGUCAGUUUCUGACAUAAGUGAAGUGAGGAUAGAAGGAUUGGAAACACUUGACUACCUAGACAACCUUCAACAAAGAGAACGAUUUACAGAACAAGGAGAUGCCCUCACUUUUGAAUCUGAGGUGGAUCGAGUUUAUCUCAGUUCUCCCAAUGCAAUUGCAAUCCUCGAUCAUGGGAGGAAGCGGACAUAUGUUAUUAGAAAGGAUGGACUCCCGGAUGUAGCGGUGUGGAAUCCAUGGGAGAAGAAAUCAAAAGCAAUGGCGGAUUUUGGCGAUGAAGAGUACAAAAAGAUGUUAUGUGUCGAUGGAGCAGUGGUUGAGAAACCUGUCACCUUGAAGCCAGGUGAGGAAUGGACAGGGCUUUUGGUGCUCUCAGCUGUGCCUUCAAGCUUUUGUAGUGAAUACUUCGAUCUUGAGAGACGAGGUCUUUGAGAUGUAGAGUUAAUUUUCUAGGUCAAAGAAUGGACUGCUUAAUGUAGUCAUAUGAUAACUUGCUUUAAGUUUGCCCACUUUUUUUUUUUCAGAAUUAUUACCGCUUUUGUUGAUUAUCAUAACGAUUUAUAUGUUACCAGUCAUCCGAUUUUUUUUUUU